UACAAUUUCACAGGUCAGCUGUUCGCUGACGUGCUGCUCUUAAAGAAAUUUAAAUUUUAUUAGAAUUUUAUUAAAAUAUGACCGUGAACAACAUGGCAGAUCCAAGACGACCGAAUAAGAUUUUUCGCUACAAGCCACCUAACACCGAAACCAACCCCACAUUGGAAGAUCCUACACCCGAUUAUAUGAACCUGCUCGGCAUGAUCUUCAGUAUGUGUGGCCUGAUGCUCAAGCUUAAAUGGUGUGCGUGGAUUGCAGUGUAUUGCUCGUUCAUCAGUUUUGCCAAUUCACGAAGCUCAGAGGACACCAAACAAAUGAUGAGCAGCUUCAUGCUGUCCAUAUCGGCCGUCGUGAUGUCGUAUUUGCAGAACCCACAGCCCAUGUCGCCACCAUGGUGACAAAUAAUCCAAACCCAAUAAGCCAUCUCAGCAGGGACGGCAUGAGAACCAGCUGAUCCACCCACUGUCCUUCUGGAACGCAGGGACAUACACUCAUCAGCCCAGCUGGCCAAUCAGAGGCUGACAAAUUGACCGAUGUAGUUCCUGUUCGACCGUUUCAAGUUUUCUCUGUGCUCACCAUUUGUUUUUAUGUAUGUGACCACACUAUGGUAAAAUAUUAAUAUACUGUGAAUGAUUUUGAGAAAUAAAUGAGCUAUUUUGUGUGCUGCUUCAAACAUUUUCAUACUGUAUAUACACAAGUAAUUAUUGUUAAUUAGGACACUUUGAAGUGCAAAACUAGAGUUUGAUGUUAAUGUAUUCAUCCUGCAGCUGCUGCUUCUAACUAAAUGUGUCGACAGAAGUGUAAAUAAGCCUUUUAUUCUGAAAGAUUUAGUUUUUCUGAGAAGAAACCGCUUCAAAAAUGAUAUACAGCACUAUAUAAACAUGCCAGAUUUGUUCCUCUCAGUGGGUCCGAGACGGAUUCUGCACAGGCCUGGAGGAUUUAAGGAACAACUGGCAACUCAUGAACUGGCGUUUUUGGAAGUGUAUUCUUAUUAGUAGGAGCAAUGUGCAUAAUGUUUUUUGACAGUUGUCUUUGUAACACUAAGGUGGUUUCUUAAAAAAAUCUGUUAACCAUGUUUGAUGGUCAAAUAAAAUUUGUGUUUGUACAUAACCUAUUACACCACUAGGUGGUCACAAUUUAUCUGAUCACAUUUCUUUCAAUAUCAUAAUUUAGGAAUGUGUUUCUGCUCAUCUAACCAUAUGUUUAAUGAUUGGCAAGUAGUUUGAUGCUGUAUCUUUAUCCACAACAAAUCUAAUUCUCACGAAUAUGAGGAGUGAAUCUGGCUCUUUAAUUUGAAAUAAAAGAAGAAAGUUUUAUAUAUACAUACACACACACAGUAAUGA